UGCUCUCGGGUCGUCGCGUCGCGCUCCGGUAGUCGCUCGCGAGGGUGGGUCCUCUCGAAGAGUCUCCCCGUGGCGACAACCUUACCGCAGCUCUAUUCCAGGAUGGCGUUCACGAGGAAGUACUUCCAGAAGAUCCCGGUCCACGUCGUGGAGGCCCACGACGAGGUUCUGCCUUUUAUUUACCGCUGCCUGGGCUCCAAGCAUUUACCGUUCGAAGGCAACACCUUCGUUCAUCUGGACUCCCACCCAGACAUGCUCGUGCCCAAGGAUAUGCUCGCGGACACGGUCUGGGACAAGGAGCAAUUGUUUAGUGAGCUCAGCAUUGAAAAUUGGAUGCUCCCGGCUGCCUACGCGGGACACUUAAGACACCUCGUGUGGAUCAAGCCGCCCUGGGCGAACCAGAUGGUCGAUGGUGCCAGGGAGUUCCACAUCGGGAAGCACGUCGACAGCGGGCUGAUAAGGUUGACCUGUCCAGAGCCGUACUUCGUGAGCGAGGCGCUGUACUGUCCCCUGGAGGAGCUGCAGGACCCUCGCCAGGUGACCCUGGACGUCAUCACCAUGGGCCACUUUCUGGAAGACUCCAACUCGAAGGACGACUUCGGGGCGAUCAGCGCGAUUCUCAGGCAGCACAUCCCCGAGAAGGACACCCCGUACAUCCUGGACGUGGACUUGGACUUUUUCAGCACGAAGAACCCCUUCAUCGCGCUUUACGACCGGGCGAACCUCUACGACCGUCUGGCGCCGCUCUACGCCUUCAAGAGGCCCCUGUCGACGGAACCUGAGGUGCUGAAGGAGGCGGUGGCGGCAAGAAACGAACAGCUGAUCGAGCUGGAGAAGCUCUUCGACUACCUGCAGGAGAAUCGGAGCUUGCAAGGCUACGAGGACACGGAUUCCCCUAGGUACGAGGCGGUGCGCCUCAUUUUUCGAGAAGUCACCAGUGUCUACAGAGAGUCGGAGAUCGACUGGAAGCUCGUCCACGACGCCGGGUGUACCAGAGACGAUACCGAUCUACCCCAUCACGUGACCGCCCCAAACGAUCUCAGCCGCCUCAUCUCGGGAACCUUCAGAUCCUUCCUUGCGGCCUUACCAGCCCCACCCACGAUCGUAACGAUCGCCAGGUCCUGCGAGGACGACUACUGCCCCGUAGAAUCCGUGGACCAGAUCCAGGUCGGGGUCCUGGACGAGCUGGAGCAACGACUGGGUGCCAUCGAGACGAGACUCGUCUACUUGGAGGAGGAGGCUAACUGAUUAUCUCUGUAAUUUCUAUUUUAUCAGCUCUGGAUUUUCAAGCUGUAUUUACAACCCUUGUCUUAUCGGAACCGACCAAUAAACUGCCCCGAAAAAUUGCAA